AUGGACGAAACUCUACAAAGUUUAACAAGCGUCUUGGUCCAAAUCCAGAUUUUGCAUUAUGACUGGUACAUUGAGACUUUAUUCUACAAGAAGCGGAGACCACCAGCCGAGUUCUGCAUGCGGAGCGUUCUGGCGCUUAAACGAGAGAAGCGGAAGAAAGAAGAGCUCCGGCAAAAGGGUGCCCUGGAUUAUCAAAGAGGUGCCAUAAACAAAACCAUGUACCAUGUCUACACGGAUCAACACUUCUUCCCGUAUCAAAUAGACCUAACACGCGACUCGACAACCGGUGAAAAAGGUCAACGAUAUACUCUUACACUCUGGGAAUCCAAUGCGCAGCCUCACUUAUACUGGUUCCUCGCCAAAUUUCUGCGCAAAAGCGGCGACUCGCAACCCGGUUUCCAUCGUCCGAGUGACUGUUCCGGCCAAUUCGAUAUUGAACUGGACCAUUUCAAGGCGUUCUUCAAAGCCAAAACAGGUGUAGAUUGGAAAGAUCGGGUUGUAAAAGAAGGCACAACGCCAGAUACCUUCUUCCAAUACGCCUGUCCAGUAAGUAUGGUAUUUAUCUUCGCAUAGCAUCCAUCUAAUGUAUAUCAGAAAGGAGGUAAGCCAGUUGGUAUGGGCCUAAGAUUCAGCUACGAUUACUGCCUAGAACUGAAUGCGCAAUUACUUGGAAAUAAUAGCACAAUGGUCGAGACGGAGAAGCAUGAAGACACACAUGCGUCAGAUUCUAAGGAAACUCACGCUCGAGAUACAUCUAUUUAAUAGGCUUCUAUUGAAUACAGUGUUCCUUUUCCAUCAUCCAUCCGUUUGUACAUUAAGCGUUCAUUAUAGCAUUACCUAAAACCGGAGUUUCGGGAAGACAAACACAAGCAGGACCAGAGAUAGCAUGAGUCCAUAGACCCAAGCAUACAAUACAACUCUUCCCCACCAUCCCUUUCCUUCCGUCAUCUUCCUCAGUGUGCCCAUUCUCCCUCUUGCACUCUCCAUGCUUCGUUCUGUCUUUUCAACUGAGCUGCCAGCCUUGCUGACCAGCUCCUUGUCCUCUUCCAGCGUGGUAGAGAACUUCUUGGAGCUUGCUUUGAGCGCACUGGCCAUUUUCAGAAUCGAGUCCGACAGCGCAUCCUGUUCCUGUCGCUGCUGGUCUAGGAUCGCCUCGGCCGUUGCAGUCGAUGUCUGGGGCUCAGAUGGCUUGGAGCGGCCAGCAAAGAGAGCUGCGCGGGCUGUGGUAUAUGAAGCUGAAUUUGCAGCUGUUGAUGGAGUUUCGUGUCGAUUUCGGAGCGUCUGUGUUGUGUGUACGUAUGGCUGUUGCGGUUGGACAACUGGGGUCGCAGAAUAUGCUGGCUCUGAGGGCGGUGACGGGAUCUCCAUUUCGGGUUCGGGUUCUGGCUCCGAUGGCAUCGUUUCGGAUGUCGGUGUUUCUAUCACCCUGGAUUCUAUUGUGUCUGUUGUUGACCCUACGCUUUGGCUUGGUGUGUGAGUGACGCCGGCAAGCAAGUCUUCUCCUUCAGAAUCGUCGUCAUCGUCUUCGAUCGCAAUCUAGUGAACCUGUUAGCUGGUAUGCUUGAGGUCAGGACCUUAACAAAGACCUACCUCCUUAAUGUCCUCUAAUCUAUCAACUAGCAAGUCGAGCAUCUCUCGCUGUGCGCUCAACACUCCCCUCGCAGAGAUGGCGGUUGCCGACGUUCUGGACGAUUGCGCCCGUUGUUCUAGGUUGUCCAAUGCUUUGCGGGCGUAGUUGAGAUUCUGUGGUAACUUGGGUUAGCUCUUAUUCUCAUUUUAUCCACUACGGGCAUCAUAUUACAGUUUCUAGCCUCGCCCGCUCGUAUUCAUUCGUUCGCAAAGUAUGCUCGCGCUCCGGGGUGGUAUGAAGCAAGGCGUCUUGCAGGCGUAUAAGCAUCGCUGUGACUUCGGAGGAUGCAAAAUCGACGUUUGCAUCCACUCCCGGCAUGGAGCCCGUGCCAGACACUAUUCGAGCCAUUGUGAUGGUCGCAGAUCGGUUUGCGCUGGUGG